AUGGAAUCUCACGGAUUUACGUCGUCUGACAAAGUCAACGAGACCUUAGAUGACAUUCAGGAAAUGUUGGACGUCAGUAAUGAAAUAAGCGCUGCCUUCGAUCAGCUCUCGCCUACUACGACAGUAGCGGACGCAGAGCUAGAAGAUGAGUUGAACACACUGAUGGCCGAAUCAUUGCCUGCAAGGUUGCCAGUGCCAGAAAUGUCCCUUCCAAGCGUGCCGUCGGAACCAUUGGAGGAAAUGGACGAAAUCACCGCCCGAUUGACAAGACUUCGACAACGUGUACAACCAACGCAGUAA